AUGGAUACUAAUUUCGCCGCCCGGUUUGACAAUUUGCAGUUAGCAGGACCGGACAUGCUGAUUGAUGGCUACGAUCAAUACCACCAGGAAAACGAGGUGGUCAACAUCUCCCCAGACGAUGCCUCAGAAGAACCUGCAGAAGCCCUUCCACGGGCCGAUGAUUUUGAGACGAUGAAGCGUCACGUCCUUGUCGACUUGCCCGAUGUCGAGGUCGAAGCUGAAGCAUAUCACACAUGGCACAUAGAAAAAUGGCGGACAUUGUCGAGGAGAGAGCACGGGCCAGUAUUUGAAUGCGGCGGUCAUCCUUGGAGAGUGCUAUUCUUCCCCUACGGAAAUCAGGUCGACUGCGCGUCCUUCUACCUAGAACAUGGAUUCGAGAACGAACCGCCCGCGGAUUGGUACGCCUGCGUACAAUUUGCCCUCGUCCUGUGGAAUCCGAACGACCCAACCCUAUACCGAACCCACACUGCCACUCACCGUUUCAACGCAAAAGAAGGUGACUGGGGCUUCACCAGGUUUGUGGAACUUAGGAAGGCUUUCCAUCAACCUUGGGAAGAUGGGUCGAGGCAUUUGGUGGAGAAUGAUGAAGCCAAAUUGACGGCCUAUGUCCGCAUCAUCAAAGACCCCACCGGCGUCUUGUGGCAUAAUUUCGAAGGAUAUGACUCGAAGAAGGAGACCGGCAUGGUCGGUUUAAAGAACCAGGGGGCAACCUGCUAUUUGAACUCUCUCCUCCAGUCUCUCUAUUUCACGAACUUAUUCCGAAAAGCUGUCUAUCAAAUCCCCACCGAGCAGGAAGCCAACCGGAGUAAUAGUGCCUGGACACUUCAGCGUCUAUUCUAUAGGCUCCAGAAAGAUAGGUUUGCAGUUUCAACCAACGAGUUGACCGCAUCCUUUGGAUGGGAUACUAGGCAAAUUUUCGAGCAGCAAGACGUGCAAGAACUGUCGCGCAUAUUGAUGGAGGUUUUGGAGAAGAAGAUGAAAGGCACACCUGCAGAACGGACCCUGCCUGAACUUUUCGUCGGAAAGACCAAGACUUACAUUUCUUGUAUCAACGUCGACUUCGAGUCCUCCCGGAUAGAGGAAUUCUGGGACAUUCAACUCAAUGUCAGGGGCAACAAAAAUCUGCACGAGAGCUUCAUGGACUAUAUCCAAGUCGAAACCCUGGAGGGCGAAAACAAGUACGACGCUGGAGAGCCUUACAAGCUGCAGGAUGCCCGCAAAGGUGUCAUCUUCGAAUCAUUUCCCCCGGUGCUUCACCUCCAGCUGAAGAGAUUCGAAUAUGACAUCAAUCGCGAUGCUAUGAUGAAGGUCAACGACAGACAUGAGUUUCCCGAGGAAUUCGAUGCCUCUCUGUAUCUCUCCGAUGAAGCUAAGGCGGCUUCGACGGAACCAUGGAUUUAUCAAUUACACGGCGUACUUGUGCACAGCGGCGACUUCAACGCAGGCCACUAUUAUGCCUUCCUCAAGCCUACCAAAGACGGCCACUUCUACAAAUUUGAUGACGACCGAGUCACACGGUCAACUAUGAAAGAAGUGCUCGAGGAGAAUUUUGGAGGAGAGUACGCUAAUGUCGCUAACGGCGGACUGGGACAACGGCAACCAUACAUGCGGGGCUAUUCCACUAAGAGAUCCAUGAAUGCUUACAUGUUGGUAUACAUCCGGAAGAGCAGGCUCGACCAAGUCCUUCUCGACGUAAGCGAAUCCGACAUUCCUGCACACAUCGAGACCAAAAUUGCCGAGGAGCAAGCGGAGCUUGCUAGGAAGAAAAAAGAGCGCGAAGAGGCGCACCUCUACAUGAACGUGGGCGUAAUAACCGAAAAGAGCUUCCAAGCCCAUCAUGGUUUCGACUUGACCAGUUACGAUCUCGAACAGACCGAUCCGGCCGCCGCUCAAGUGUAUCGAGUCCUUCGCGCCACGAAAAUCAGCGAAUUUGCUGGCACCAUUGCCGAGGAGCUUGGUCUGGAGUCCGAUCAAAUCCGCUUCUGGGUCAUGGUGGGCCGACAAAACAAAACCAACCGUCCCGACCAGCCCAUUCGUGAUGUUGACAUCACCAUGGAAGAGGCCAUGAACAAGUACGGUUCUAGAGGCAGGCCGUUCUAUCUUUGGGCCGAGAAUGCACCCAAGGGAGACGAUGGCAAAGUUCAAUGGCCAGAUCCCGCGCACGCCGUCGGUGGCAACGUCCCGAUCCUGGUUUUCCUCAAAUACUUCGACGUCAAGGCUCAGACUCUGACUGGUGUGGGCCACAUUUAUGUCAAAAAGCUGGACAAGGUGCAGGAAAUUGCACCCCAGAUCAAUCGACUCAUGCACUGGGAUCCUGCCACGCCGAUUCUCUUGUUCGAAGAGAUCAAGUUCUCUAUGAUUGAGGCGAUGAAGCCGAAGCAGACGUUCCAGCAAUCCGAGAUUCAAGACGGUGACAUUAUCUGUUUCCAACAAAACCUCCCUGAUCUUGACUUGUCCACUGCCACGUAUACCGAUGCGCGACAAUACUAUGACUACCUCCUGAACCGAAUACCUGUUAGCUUCCAUCCCAAACCUGGCACUGAAGGAGAGGCCUUCGUCCUUAGCCUCAGCAAGAAAAUGACCUACGAGCAAUUCUCCGCAAAGGUUGGGGAGCACCUCAAAGUUGAGCCAACUCACAUCCGAUUCGCCACUAUCAGCGCGACUAACAAUAAGAUCAAAAUGUGGAUCAAACGCGGGAUGAAUCAUAACCUCCAACAAAUUCUUCAGUCACAGUUCUCUUCCUAUGGUGGAUAUGCCACCCAUCGGGGCGACGCAUUGUAUUACGAGGUCCUCGAAACAAGCCUGGCUGAUUAUGAAACCAAGAAGAUCAUGAAGGUGAUCUGGCUCAGUGAUGGCAUCAGUAAAGAGGAACCACUGGAGAUACUCGUCGCCAAGAAUGGCAUCAUCGGGGAUCUGAUCACCGGGAUUGCCAAAAAGCUCAAUCUGGAUGAACAGGCCGCUCGCAAUAUACGGGUGCUCGAGGUGCAUGGGGGCAAAAUCCACAAGGAAUUGAUUGAGGAUUUCAACGUGGUUGGAGUUAACGAGUUCACCACAUUAUAUGCCGAGAAGAUCCCCGAGGAAGAACAAAACGCCUCGGAAGACGACCGUUUCAUUUAUUGCUACCAUUUCGACAAAGAGGCCAACAAACCCCAUGGUGUCCCGUUCAAGUUUAUGCUGAAACCAGGUGAAGCACUCAAAGACACCAAAGAACGCAUCAGUAAGCGAACGGGUAUCAAGGGCAAGUUGCUGCAGCAGAUCAAGUUUGCACUUGUCUCCAGGACGCUUUAUGCAAAGCCAAGAUACAUUGAAGACGACGACAUCCUUGUCGAUCUCAUCCAGGACGGAGACGAGAUGCUCGGCCUGGACCAUGUCAACAAGGCGCGCAACUUCUGGGGACGAGCCGAGGGCAUGUUCAUCCGGUAG